UUCUGGGACAAUUCGACACUAAAUGUAAUUUCAUUGGCCUGAUCUAACAGAAUAGGCCAACGAAACCACUUAAUAUCGUACAACUCAGAAAAUUGACGCAAAAGCAAACUGACUGUACCGGCUGAUGUGACGUACAGGUUGUAAACAAAUGACUGCGUACGCGUAGGAAAUAGAAAAUUGCAUUUUAUUAAUGAACAAGUAUUCGCUUGUACUAUGUUCGGAGAAAAAGCAUUGGAGCUCAUAAAGGAACUCGAACGUUCCGCUGAGGGCAUCCCGCCGUUUAACGAUGACGGUAUCCGGCAGGUUUUAGAAGAAAUGCGAAUUCUUUGUCAAGCUAAUUUCGAUGAUAUAGAAAAUCCAACAACGGAUCCACCAAACUAUUCUUCCGUGCGAGUUCGUCACAUGGCAAUAAGCAGGAACAAGAGAUGCAUUUUGGCAUAUCUGUACAACAGGCUGCAGAAAAUAAGGCAGAUGCGGUGGGAAUUUGGCAGUAUUUUACCACCUGAAAUAAAAUCCUUGCUUUCCGAACCAGAAGUACAGUGGUUCACAUCAUACAGCAAAGCUUUAGCCACUUAUAUGAGAUCCAUUGGCGAUAAUUACGGGCUGAAUUUAGCCACUGACGUUACACCUCCAAAGUCGCUUUACAUUGAGGUACGAUGUUUAGUUGAUUAUGGAAAAUUGGAUCUGGAGGAUGGGGAGGUGAUAUUCCUAAAGAAAAAUAGCCAGUACUUAUUGCCACGCGCUGAGUGUGAAGGUCUGGUGAGGCAAGGUGUAUUGCAGCACGUGACUUCGUGAAUUUCCGAAUUGCCUCACAUUCGCCAGAAACCUAAAUUAUACAAUAUUUCGCAAGAGUUUGAUUUUAUUUUUUAUACUUAUUCCAACGUGAAUAAAUCGCUUGGAGCUGUAAUUCAUAAAGUUUAAAUAAAUAUUCUUUCAUUCCGUA